CUGGUAACCAUGGAGCUGGACUCGAGAGGAAGGAGGCUGAGUUGGGCUGGGCCCACUGACCUCUGACCUAUGAUGUCACAGCAGCCCCAGGGCGACAGCCUUGGCACAGCCAUGCCCCGUGCCUGAGGCUGCGGGUGGCACCCUUUCCCAGCCCAGCAUGGAAAAGGACCUGGCCACAGCACACAGGAGGCACCGGCCUGGCACCGGUACCCUCCUCUCUGGUGGCAGGAUGGCCAGCGAGGUCCCAGAACUGCAGAGGAGCAGAAGUGAGGGUGCCCUGCACCAGAAAGGGGACCCCCCAGGCCAUGUCAGGAAGGUGGCCAAGGACCUGGAGUCUGAAGAGCAAGAGAAGGAGCAACAGAGCCACGCUGAGGACGCGGACUGCCAAGCAAACAUGGAGGAAGACAAGAGGCUGAGGGGUCAGGACACCCCAAGGAACCUGGGCCGUGAGAGUGGAUGCAGAGACCCUGAGCCAGAGUGCAGCGACUCUGAAGCCAGCGCCAACGAGGAGGAGCAGGAGGCAGAGCCCAUGGAGAGCAUCCCAGAGGCCCAGAAGUCGUCUGUGUUUGUGGAGAUUGAUCUGGGAGACCACACUGAGGAGGGAACCCGGCACCCAGUCCCCGACACACUGUGGCCAUGCCCUCAGGUGACUGCCUGCACCCCCCAGGAGGAGAAGCAGUCCCCGAUGGACCCCGACCUGUUUGAGGAUGAGACAAGGACGAGCUGGGUGUGCUGCAUCCCAUACACCACCAAGAAGAAGGCCAAGGACAGCGCCUAGUGGCCUGUCGGAGGCGCCCUAGGCCAACUCGGAGC